AUGGAGUUAUGUGCUGGUCUCAUCUUCCUCCAUUCAAGUCGUCCUCGCAGUAUUAUACAUGGAGAUAUAAAGCCUUCAAAUAUACUACUAGGUGAUAAUUUUGUGCGCAAGCUCGCUAAUUUUGGUAUUUAUCGUGUAAUUUCACAUAGUAACAACACCUCAAAACUACAGAUUUCUCAGACCUUUCUAGAACCCAUGAAAGCUUCAUCUCGAAGCUUAUCAAUGAUUACUUCAUAUACCCCAUUUUUCAGGAAUCAAUGGAGGAUCCACAGAUUGCUUCAGACGCCUUUACUUAUGAAGCAGAAGCAGAAGCAGAAGCAGAAGCAGAAGCAGAAGCAGAAGCAGAAGCUGAAGCUAUCAGAGGGUGGUCAUGCUCUUCGGUCUGCUAUUCAAGAGUUGAUACAACAUUGCUACAUUGUGUAA